AUGCGACGGCCAUCUCUCUGGGUCGCUCUUGGAGCGCUAGCCAGUGAAGCACUUUCACAACCCCUGGAAAGUAGGUCAUCCGAUACCGUCAAGGUUCACUGGGUCGGCGAUGCUCCGGAGUAUCAUGCUGGGACAACGUUCGGCCUGCCGUGGCCCCAGGGCAAGUACCGAUCCAACGACACGCAAUUUAGUCUUUCCGGGCAAUCGAAUGAGCAAAUUCCGCUUCAGUCUUGGGUAACAGGCUACUGGCGUGAUGGCUCAAUUAAGUGGACGGGGCACGCCAUUCCACCACUUGACACUAUUGAUAGCGAAUAUCGCGUCAGCGCCUCGGCGUCUUCGCGCCACCCGGCUUCUAACCAUUCCAGCACAUCAUCCACAUUGAAGGUAACCAAUAAUGCCGACGGGAUCACGGUUGAUACGGGUAAAUUGACGGCCUCUUUCCCGAAACAAGGAAAUGUCAUUGUGGGUUCUAUCACGACAUCCAGUGGUAAGGUAGUUGGCGAAAAUGGAAAGCUCGUGCUCCAUACCCAGUCCGGAGUAGCGGAGGAUGUUUCGGCGCGGGCGAACGCCUCUAUCAACUAUUUCAACUUCGAAAGCAAUAUCGAGAAUGUGACUGUCAGCAAGGACAAUGCCGUUCGUACUUUGGUCACGGUGAAGGGAACACACCAAACGUCCGGUAGUGGUGCUCACGAUGACUGGCUCCCAUUCACUUUACGCUUUUAUUUCUAUGCCAAUUCAGACUCUAUCAGGGUGGUUCACAGUAUUGUCUUCGAUGGAGAACCAGAGGAAGACUUUAUCACUGGGCUUGGAAUCCAGUUCGAGGUUCCCCUUGAAGGCGAGGAGCUGUAUAACCGUCACAUUCGACUACCCGGUGUGGAUGGCGGCUAUCUCAAUGAAGCCGUUCAAGGAAUCACUGGCUUGCGUCGUGACCCCGGUGAGGAAGUCCGUUCAGCCCAAUAUGAAGGCAAAGUAACCCCCAACAUCAGCACGUGGGAUGAAAGAGUAUCCUCUCGUAUGCAGUGGAUUCCGGUCUGGAACGAUUACAAGCUGAGCCAGCUGUCACCUGAUGGCUUUACCCUCAAGAAACGAACCAAGCCUGGCCAGGCUUGGAUCAACAUCCCGGGUGGCACGCGAUCUUCUGGACUUGCAUAUCUUGGUGGUGCCACGCAAGGUGGACUUGCGAUUGGCCUGCGUGAUUUCUGGAAGAGGUAUCCUGCAGGCUUGGAUAUCACGAAUGCGGGUGCCAACAAGGGCCAGAUCACACUGUGGCUCUAUAGCCCUGAAGCAGCACCGUUAGACCUGAGACCAUUCCAUGAUGGACUCGGGCAGGAUACUUAUGAAAAGCAAACCGACGCGCUCGAAAUCACCUACGAAGACUAUGAGCCCGGAUUUAACACGCCUUAUGGCAUUGCCCGAACCAGUGAAAUCUUCCUGCACGCGUUUGACGCCACCCCUGAGAGCGAUAACCUGGCCCUUUUGGGAAGUUAUAUCAAUGAGCCUCCAGUUUUGGUGCCGGAGCCUGAGUAUAUCAAGGAAACCAAGGCAGCUGGGUCCUACUGGGCACUGCCAGACACAUCAAAUGAGAAGGCUUCGACGAUCGAAAACCACCUAGACUUCCUUGCGAAGUUCUACCAGGGCCAGAUUGAGGACCGCCGUUGGUAUGGCUUCUUAGACUAUGGUGAUAUCAUGCACACCUACGAUGAAGACAGGCAUACGUGGCGCUAUGACGUUGGUGGCUACGCGUGGGACAACUCCGAGCUAUCCCCUGACUUGUUCUUCUGGCAAUACUUCUUGCGGACUGGACGAGCAGAUAUUUACCGUUUUGCAGAGGCACUGACUCGUCAUACCGGUGAGGUAGAUGUGUAUCACAUUGGCGACUGGAAAGGUCUCGGCACUCGACAUGGCGUUCAGCACUUCGCUGAUAGUGCCAAGCAAGUGCGUAUCGCCCAGCCUCAGUACAGGAAAUACUUCUAUUACUUGUCUGGUGGGGAUGAGCGAGUUGGCGAGCUCUUGGAGGAAGCAAUCGACGCCGACAAGACGUACGGAAUAUUGGACCCGCAGAGGAAGGUUAGGACGGAUGGCUGGACACCAGAGCCAGGCAAGCCUGUCGCAUUCUCUCUGGGAACAGAUUGGGCUGGUCUCGCUGCUGGCUGGCUGAUUGAAUGGGAGCGACGCGGGCCUCGCUGGCAAGAAGCCAAGCAAAAGCUGACGGGUACGGCGAAAGGAAUCGCCAGUUUCAAGAACGGCUUCGUCACCGGAGAGGGCUUGUACGCGAUCAGCAACGGCACACUGCUCCCGCCCCCAACUGAUCCGAACAAUGAGGGCGUUGUAUCUAUCUCCCACCUGAACGCUGUGUUCGGCAUGCCGGAGGUUGUUUCGGAGUUGCUCGAGUAUUGGGGCGAUGAGGCACCGGAAGGUCUCGAGAGUGCCUGGCUUGAUUACUGCUACUACUAUGGCGCAACGAAGGCGGAGCAGCAGGCGCGCUAUGGUGAAUCGUUUAGCGGUAUCAGUUUGAUCCAGGGCCACUCGCGCUUGACGGCGUACUAUGCGAAGCACAGCAACAACGUGACUGUCGCUGAGCGAGCAUGGAAGGAGUUCUAUAACAAUACUGAUGGUUUUACCGCUGAUGAGCCCUGGGUCUCAGAGCGGGUCAAUGGAAGCGCUGUGCUCAUUCCAGUGGAUGAGGCUACGUGGAUAUCGACAAACGCUGUUGCCCAGUAUGGAUUGGCUGCUAUCCAGGACUUAGCACUGGUUGGAGACGCCGUGACACAGUCUCCUUAUGGCGCUUAG